GACGUUUUUUUUUUUUUUUUUUUUUUUUUUUUUACCUCAGAUCGUUUGAAUGAAGCGAUUGUUGUACAUUAAACUAUGCUGUCUCAGUAUGACAUGGGAUGAGUUCGCCCCUCGAUGUUUUACCAGUGAAAGUCAUCCAGUUAUCUGUGACAGUGAACUUUCAGGAGACGUCAGUGUUGAUAAAGUGCUCCUGGCGCUCACCGGAUUUCACGAGCACCUGUUGACGCGACUCAAAACAAACCAGCCGCACGAGACUCUGAGACCGUUAUGUGCGACACGGACUAGUUUGAAUCCACUAUUUACGCUUCAAAUUUUAGAUUUUAUCUGGAAAAUGAUCUCUUUCAGGACCCUACGAAUGCCUAAUGUUGGAGUUAUUGGCUUACUGGCGAAAGACUUGGCAAAAAGUACCUCAGUGUAUCAGAAUGUAACGAGGAGGUCGUUCAGUUUAACUUCGCGGAUUCAGGCAAGCAGCGAAUUCAUCGCACCAGCAUCCGUGGAUGAACCUAAAUCGAAAACCAGAAUUAUGACCAAUAAAAGUAUAUUCUCUGGACUGGAGGACAUGCUUUUCUACAAUAUAACUGAAGGAGCGGAGAAAAUUCCUGUAACUCAUUUCAUUGCUGUAAGUUCUUUCAUUGACACAUACACACUGUAUCAUAUCCAAUAAAGAUUUAUCUGGAUUAAAAUCUUUGCAGUAGCAGUUGUUGAAGUCUGCUAACUGAACAACAUCUCUGUAUAUGGGCAACAGCUGGGAGUUGCCUCACACAUUGACUCAGUUGCAUGUUAUGGGCUCAGUUACUAUCAAGCCACUUACAUGUUCCCUCUGAAAUCUGAUUCGGUCAUGGGAGGGCUGAGGAGGUAAAACACACACACACGUUUAUCUAGACUUUGUGGAACUGCUGACAUGGGUCGUGUAAUAAUUUAUACACAAGGUCACUAAACACCCCCGGUAUAGUAUAAAUGACAUUUGAUUAACUUUGUUUAUUGUAUAUUUAGAGUAAUUUUUAUAAACAUUACUGUUUAAAUAAAGUUUGCAUGUCAAAUUCAAGGCAUUACACAAAGUAAACAGAAUUGUUGAGAAAAGACAGAACAGUAUUUUCCCUAUCUAACAGGCAGUGAAAAGCACCGGCCUUCUGACCUCUGACCCCAGAUUGCACGACUGCAUGGAAAAGAUUCGCAAAGCUAUCCAGGAAUCAGCCGGUGAAGUCAUGAUGGACCGUGAGCUGUUCCGAAAGUGUGUGGGUGGAAACAUAGUUCUGCUGAGUCUCGCUUUCAGACGGAAGUUUAUCAUUCCCGAAUUUGAGGCAUUUGCAGGCGUCAUCAAUCAUAUAUACUACUCAUCAAAACUGCAACAUGAUGGACAGGUUGCAAAAUACAUUCCCCAUCUAACCAAGUUUAGUCCUGAUCUUUGGGGCGUCUCUCUCUGCACAGUAGAUGGCCAAAGGCACUCAGUGGGAGACACGAAGCUGCCGUUCUGCUUGCAGUCGUGCGUGAAGCCGCUGGAAUACGCCAUCGCUGUACAUGAGCACGGCACGGAGCGAGUGCACCACUACGUGGGGAAGGAGCCCAGCGGAUUCAAAUUCAACAAACUCUCCCUGGAUGAAGAAGAUAAACCUCACAAUCCCAUGGUCAACGCUGGAGCGAUCGUCAUCAGUUCACUUAUCAAGCCAGGUGUCAACAAGGCGGAGAAGUUUGACUAUGUAAUGGAGUUUGUGAAGAAAAUGACAGGCAGGGAGUAUGUGGGCUUCAGCAACGCAACAUUCCAGUCAGAGAAGGAGACAGGAGACAGAAACUACGCAAUAGGAUACUACCUGAAAGAGAAGAAGUGUUUUCCUGAUGGGGCGGAUAUGAUCGAUGCACUGGACUUUUACUUCCAGUUGUGCUCAAUAGAGGUCACGUGCGAGUCCGGCAGCGUGAUGGCCGCGACGCUGGCUAACGGAGGCAUCUGUCCAAUCACAGGAGAGAAGGUUUUGAGCACAGAAGCUGUACGAAACACGCUCAGCCUUAUGCACUCCUGCGGGAUGUAUGACUACUCCGGACAGUUCGCUUUCCACGUUGGAUUACCUGCAAAGUCUGGUGUGUCAGGUGCAGUUCUUCUGGUGGUGCCGAACGUGAUGGGCAUCAUGUGUUGGUCGCCCCCUGUGGACAAAAUCGGAAACAGCGUCCGUGGAAUCCACUUCUGUCAGGAACUGGUGUCUUUGUUCAACUUCCACAAUUACGACAAUCUGAGGCACUUUUUGAAGAAGCAGGACCCUCGCAGACAGUCUGGUGACGACAGGAACAAGUCGGUGGUGAAUCUGAUGUUCGCAGCCCACAGUGGCGAUGUCUCAGCUCUGAGAAGGUUUUCCCUUUCAUCCAUGAAUAUGGAGUUAAAGGACUAUGACUCUCGUACUCCUCUCCACGUAGCUGCUGCAGAAGGUCACGCGGAUGUUGUGCUAUUUCUGACGCAGGCCUGCAAAGUCAACCCUUUCGUGAAAGAUCGGUGGGGAAAUAUUCCUCGGGACGACGCCAUGCAGUUCAGCCACAAGGAUGUGGUGAAGAUCUUGCAGGAAUAUGAGCAGAGCUGCAGUCCACAAACAUCUCAGACUGACGCAGAAGACCGUAGUCGUCAAUCCAAAUAUUCUUCUCUGGAGGGUGUGGAUGUUACAAACUUAAGGACUAUAUAGAUCAUGUCACCAGAAAUUGUGCAAGAUAAGGGCACAUUAUGAAAAUUGUCUGUUUACAGAGAUAAAAAUGCUCACUGUUUUUUGUAAUGUUUUUUUGUACAUAAUUUGUGUUAGGCUAUAUGCAUGUUUAAUGUAUGUUUUAUGUGGAAAUGUACUAAUGCACAAUGUACAGUGUUUGUGAAUAAACAAAACCAACCAUGCCGACAGAUUAUUAUCUUUACACAUCUUUACAUAUGUUAGAAUAAUUUUACUUUCAUUUUUUACUUUUCAUUGCAGUGUCAUUUAAAAUGUGUCAUGAUUUUUUGCAACUAUUUUCAAAUAAAUUAACCAACAUGUAUAUUUUCCCUGAAAUGUUAAAUGUAUAAUUUCAGAAGAAAUGAACCCACGUGCUGUAAUCCUUGCAAUGCAACAACUUGCAAACUGUAAAACACAUGUUCCAACUCUGUAACCCAGAACAUCUAAACGACCGAAUAAAAACCAUGUUAAAAACCA